CACCCGGUCGAAAUGGAUGUCGUCUUCAAAGUGAUGGUUCUAUGCCUUUACGGUCGAUAUGCUUUUGGAAGUGAUCAGAAGGCUGUAGGAAUGGUUAAAAGGAACUCAAACUUCACGGCGAUGUCAAUUUCCAAUUGGGUCUUCUUGAGUGGAACCUAUGACACCCUAACAAAUCAGGAUCAAAUUUUAAAUCUCACAACCCCCUUUCCUCUAUCGAUUCCCGUAACAAACCAAACCCAAACGAAUUUUAAAGGAAAUGAAGACCCCCUACCAAAUCAGGACAAUGUUGGAAAUCUCACUACUUCUAUUCCUACUCCAAUUCCUAUUUCCAUUCCCAUUUCAAACCAAACCCAAACCAAUUCUCCAUUAUUUGUAUUUCACCCGACUAAAAACUAGAUUUCUUUGAAUCUCUUUCGCAAAGUUUUUCUUGUUUAUUCUAUAAGCGAAAUAGUCCGAAAUAAAAUAACUAACUUUACAUGGUACCACAAA